AUGGCUCAAUGCCGAACGUACCAUACUCUUCCUUGCAAACCUCCACACCGCUUCGGGCUGAUCCUUCCUGACCAACAAACCAGGCUCGGCAAAACAUUAGUGACGACCAGAAACUAUUACCAGCUCCUCGCGAAAGACAAUCACCUCUUCGUCACUGUCGUUAAUCUCGGGCGAUGCUUUUUGUCAGGCUUUAUUCUCUACGUCGCGUUGCGCGCCUCCGCAGGCAGCGCGUUUCUGCGGUGCGGGCCGUCGUUACCGAUGGACCCAAGUACCGAUGGUGCGGAGGGUGGGAGGGACACCGCGGCGCUUGCACUGCCGCGAACGCGACCGGAUAACGAGAGCACGAGGCGCAAGCGGAGGAGAUCUCCAUCCCGCCGGGGGAGAUCACCCUCCGCUCGCCCUACAACCGCUGCCGGUAACCGAUCUACCGUUCCCGGCGGUUCUGCCGCUUCGCAGCGCAGACGACGGCUCCGAUUGGACGGUCCCGGUGCGAGAACCGGUGGGACGGUGGCGAGAGUGGGAGACACCGGCCGGGAGCAAGGAAGCGCGCGAAGAACGCGAAGGGCGGAGGAUGCAAGUCGGCGGCGGCGAAAGGUGAAGAGACGGAACAUGGCUGGCGGAAGGAGGAAACCCGCGGAGACGGAGGGGGAGGCGGAAGCGGUGGCGGAAGGUGAGGCGCAGAUCUGCGCGGGGGGAAACGCGAGAGGUCUUGCGCGAACUGCUGGCGGAUGCAAGAGGAAGCGGAAGGGGAAGGGAAGCAAAUUGCGGAAGAGCACUGGCCAAUCGUCCAGAUGCGCUGCAUCUGCAUCUGCAUCCGCAUCUGGCGGCGCCAUGGCCGGCGAUAACACGGAUGCAGGCCCUGAUGAUGAUGAGGAUGACGAUGGUGGAGAGGAGGUAGAGGAAGGAGAGGAGGGAGAGGAGGGAGAGGAGUUAGAGGAAGGAGAGGAGGGAGAGGAGGGAGAGGGUCCGCAGGAAGAGGAGGAAGAAGAGGAGAUCUGUCUGAGCGCGGAGUUAGCGCGUAAGAAGCUUACCGACCGCGUGUGCUGCCCGAUCUGUCUUGAGGCGCCGCACAACGCGGUGCUGCUGGUGUGCGCGUCGCUAGAGAAGGGCUGUCGCACGUUCGUGUGCGACACCAGCCACCGCCACUCCAACUGCUUCGACCACUUUCGCAAGUCGCAGCAAGCGGCGACUGCGGCGGCUGCUCGACGGGCAUUGGUGCAACCGCAAUCGGUACUGCGUCCGGCUCUGCUGAAGCGCCUUCCAACGCUGCAGGCAAUUCCGAACCGUCGACACUCCCUGGAGAAGCGCGCGGAACGGCAGGAGAAGGCGGAGGCGGAAGCGGCGGAGGGGGAGUAG